GGAUCGGAUUCGGUUCGGGUUUUCGGGUUCGGUUUAUUUGCCCAGCCCUAUGCUUGACCAGACAAAGAUGUGAUAUUACUUGUGAUAAUAUUUUAGACAUUAUAAGAACUAAUUUAUCAUGUGGUUGACCAGACGAAGACGUAGUUGUACUUUAGUUUUUAUGUUGCUUUCUCAACCAAACAAAUUUUUAUGUUAAUUUUAGUUUUUGAUGACACUUUAUUCAAAUUUAUAUUUGUAUAUUAUUUUUAUUUUUCGAUUUUUAAAAUUUAACAUAAAAUUCAAUUUAAAUUUUUUUACAUAAUUUAAAUGGAUACUUGAACCCGAAGAAAAGCAACAAUGAUCCGAACCAAUUUAAAAUUUAUAAUCUGAACGAAAUUCAAUCUCCAAAAUUCAAAACUUGAAUAGAUCAAAUCCGAACUGAACAUAAAAGUCAUGAACGAAUACCCGAAACACCUAGCCCUUAGUAAAAUAUAAUCAGUCCGCAGCAUAUCAAUUAAGCCAAAAUUCGAUAAAUUGAAAUGUUGAGUCAAUGUAGUAGUAGUAGUAAUAAAGAGAAAGUUAGAUUCAGAAUAUAUCCUAUAUUAAAUAGGAAAUAUACUAUUCCACUUAAAGCAACCAAAGAAUUCAGCCCUCGCCACCAUAAUCAAUAUUACAAUUAAGAGUCAUAUUACAAUUUCAUUCUCAUCCUCUCAUUCUUCUUUCUUCCCUUCGAUUUUAUUUUUCAAAAAUACUAUAAAACUUAAAUAAACAUGCCUGGUUUGUUCAUCCUCAUAGCUUUGCUUCUGAGUUCUGGUACUGGAUUGUUGACAGCAACUGAUCAAACUUGUGGUAACAAAGUUGUAAACACAAUCUUCGUUGACCUAGCCGGUUCAGAGAAACACAGAACCGUUCAAUCUGCCAUUGAUUCUGUUCCUGAACCCAAUUCUCAAUGGAUCAAAAUCAAAAUAAAAGGAGGUGUCUACGUAGAGAAGGUGGAAAUACCGUUGACAAAACCGUGCAUAAUAGUAGAAGGAGAGGGACAAAGAGUCACGACCAUCACGUACAAUGCUCACGCAGCCACUGAUGUCAGCUCCACUUUCACCUCCCACCCAUCCCAUGUUGUCGUCCGAAACUUAACAAUCAUGAAUUCGUAUAAUCGUCUGAGUAUUCGAAGUAGACCGAGUUGGGUUAUAAAGCCAGCGGUAGCGCUUACGGUUUAUGGAGAUAAAUCAGCGUUCUACAACUGCGGUUUCUUGGGGUUACAAGAUACGUUGUGGGAUGUUCAAGGCAGACAUCUCUUCAAAAACUGUUACAUCGAAGGUGCUAUUGAUUUCAUUUUUGGUAGUGGCCAAUCUAUCUACGAGGACUGUCAUAUACAUGCAACGGCGGGAGUAUUGGCAUCAAUAGUGAACUUUGGGUACAUAACAGCUCAAGCAAGAUGGAGUCUUAAGGACCCGAGUGGGUUCGUGUUCGUACGUGGAAGUGUUACAGGGACCAUGAAUGUAUACCUUGGACGAGCCUAUGGUCCAUUCAGCCGAGUCAUUUUCUUCCAAACCGAUCUCGCUUCUGUCGUUGUCCCUCAGGGCUGGUUCCCGUGGAACUACGCUGGCCACGAAUCAAGGUUCACGUAUGCAGAAGUUGAGUGUAAAGGAGCAGGAUCGCAUUUAUCUGGAAGAGUUACUUGGAUUAACAAAGUUGUUUCUUAUACGCUCGCUAAGGACCAAUUUGCUACCUACUCUUUCAUUGACCAAGAUGGAUGGCUCACUAAUAUUCCUCCUUUCUAAUGAAACUCGCUUUUAUUUUGUUGUUGCCAAACUAUUUUCUACUCUUGUUGAAUAGAAUAUUAUUGUGUUUAAUCUUCUUUAUACACUGUUAUUUCUGUGGACAUACUAGAAUUUAUCUCUAAAGUAUAUGUUGCCUACUAAAACGUUCUCA